AUGCCCAGCCACCAUGCGAGUCGCGACAGAUUGGAGCAGCUCUGCUCGCGAGUUACAAACGCCGCCCUCGCUUCAGAUCCCAACGAGUCUUCAAAUCCCACGGGAUCUUCAGAUCCAAUCGGCUCUUUUUUUAAGGGGCCUUCUAUUCCUAUCGGCUUGUGUUUGGAAGGAUCUUCGGAUCCCGCUCGUUGCUUCCUCGAAGAGCGUCACGAUCUUGAUGAUUUUGACGGCUUGGGCUGUUUCGCCGUCUCCCUGCCGACGGAGAACGUGUUUGCGACCAGCCUACCCCCUGAUGGCCGUCUGCUAGAGUUAACGGCUAGGGGGUUGGAGGACAUUCUCGCGACUCGGCUUUCGGCAGCUGAUCUGGCGGGAGCCUCAGAUUCUGUUCCCAUACCAUCCGCUCGAAGCGCCUGUAAGGAUUUUGCCGCUAGCUUUGCUGUUGACGUGGCAGAAAAUCCGGCCAAUGAGGAUCUCGCCAGCGUGUCAGAUCCCGACAGUGAUUGGAUCAUGCGGUCACGCGACUGGCUGCUUGAAGCGCGGGAUUCGCUGUUGGAACGCAAAUACGAGGUCACGGCAUUCACGACUCGCGAGGGGUUGGACCUUUGGUCGCUCGCCGCGCAGUGCGCCAACCCGUACGAGCUCCUUGCUGACGUGGCAUCGCUAAACCCCAACCCCGUUGCGGCAGCAUCGACCUCCGCGUUGGCCUCUGGAAUCUUGCCCUUCCCCAUCUCCACCUCCCCCCAACCCAGUUGCGCUUCCCCGCAACCCUCAAGCGCUUCCCCCCAACCCAUAAGCGCGUUCCCUCACGCCUCCGCCGCCCCGCGCGCCAUAAGCCGCGCGUUCUUCAAAAUGGUCGAAAUGACGCGCCUUUUCCGCCUGCUGGGGGGAGCCGAAGGCGGAAGCGCUUCCCCGGAUCUGCCCCGAAAGGUUUCCGCUUCCCCCGUUUCCCCUCCCCGGCCCCUCCCGCUUGUCUCCGCGCACCUGUGUGAGGGGCCCGGGGGGUUCAUUCAAGCGGUGCAGCUGCUACUGGCGGAACAGGCCGGGGGGAGAGGGGGGGUAGUGGCGAAAGGCGGAAAGGGAGGGAAAGGGGGAGGUGGAGGGGUAGGGGGAGCUGAUGUGGGAGCGGAGGUGGCGGGUCGUGGUUUGCAGCACCUGUGGUUCGGAAUCACUCUCCGAGGCAAGGCAGCUGUAGGCUCGGCUGCUGUUGGCUCGAUUCAACAGCAGGUGACAGGGGAGGUGCAGCAGCAGCGAUCUCCUCUGCGCCCUGUCAACCUGCAACCCCCUUUGCUGCCUGCUGCUGCCGUUGCUCCCACCACCGCCUUGCCCGCACCUCACCCUGCGCCCCACCCUGCCGCCCACCCUUCCGCCCACCCUGCCGCCCACCCUGCCGCCCACCCUGCCGCCCACCCUGCCGCCCACCCUGCACCCCACUCUUUUCCCCAAACUGUCCUGCACCCUGCCCCCUCUGCCGCCUCUGGGCAUGCACCUGACUUUGUGCUGUGCCUGCUGGGAAGGCGGAGAGGUGGGCAGGGAGGACGGUGUGUGGAAGCACGGGGAGAGCAGAUAAGUAAUGGUGGUGCGGGUAUCCUAGGCAAGUAUGGUGGUACAGAGAAGGACGGGGGAUGCAGUGGUGAUGGCUUAAAGGAGGUGGAAGAGGAGAGAGAGGAGGGAGAGGAGGGAGAGAAAGAGGAGAAGGAGCGCUGUGCCCUCUGCAGUCCUCCGCACAGCUCUGCCUCGUUACAGUUACCUUCGUUACAGUCACACCCUGAUCAGCUGCUUCCACGAUCGAUCGUGUCAACCCCCAUCAGCUUCCAGGCAGCUUCCUUCCUGUCCCACGGCCAUGUGCUGUAUGGGAUGGACGGCACAGGAGACCUGACACGUCAUGCCAACGUGGCAGCCUUUGCUGCUGACGUCAUCAGGGGCAGCCACGUGGACGCAGGUUUGAACAGUUCAGCAGACUGCCAGGCUGGCAAGUCAGCGAUGGAGGGAGAGGGGGCAAUGGAGGGAGGGGCGGCAGUGGUGACAGCGGACGGGGGGUUGGACAGUUCAGUGGAUUGGGAUCGACAGGAGGCCAUGCAUGCCCGCCUUAUCUUUUGCCAAGUGCAUGCUGCACUCAAGCUGCUGGCGCCAGGAGGAACGUUCGUGCUCAAGCUGCUGGGCGGAUCGCUGCUCUCAACAGCGUCUCUCCUCGCCCUGCUCGCCCUCUCCUUCCGCUCCAUCCAUCUCGUCCGCCUGCACUCCUCCCGAGCCUGCAACGCCGAACGUUACGUGGUGGCUCGGGGAUUCAAGGGGAGAAAUGCAAAUUCUACAGCCUCCCCCAUUUCCUCCACCACCCCAUCUCCUGCGCCCACCUCUCCCUCCUCCCCCUCUCUCUCCCACAUUCUCCUCGACUUUAACCGCAUAUCACUCCAGUGGGAAUCCCUCCCUCCUCCCCUCUCCCCGCUCCUCGCCCCCGCCCUCACUCUCCCCCUCUCCGACUCCUUCCUCCGCGCCCUCCUCUCCUUCGAGGCAUGCAUGCAGCAGCAGCAGGCGCAGGCCAUGGGGCGCGCGCUGCUGAUAGGGGAGCAUCUUGUAGAGGGGAUACCGAGAGGGCCGGCGAGGAAGAGCAAGUGUUACAGGAAGAGGAGGGUGCUGUGGAGGGAGGAGGAGGAGAUGAGGAGGAGAGGGUGUGUGCUGGCCAAGGGGCUUGGAUUGGGAGUGAAAGAGGGCAUGGCGUGUGUGUGA